AGGAUUUCUUGCCCAGUAACAAGUCUGCUCUUUUGUUGCAAGAAUUCAAGUCUCCAGAACAUCUGGCUAUGGUCAUUAAGAAUUUGAACGAGAAUGAAGUGGAAUAUGAGAAGCUUCGAAAGUGGAAGACUUCUGGAAUAUCUAACACAUUCUUGUUCGACACCAUGAGCUCCCGGACUUGGGCCCCUGAUGAUGAAGAAAACUGGAUCCCUGGCCACACAAACUUUGUGGAAGGAUUUGAAUGUUAUGUAUGCAAUAAAGUCCAUGACAACAUGAAGAGACAACAUAAUGGUCAAAACAUUAAAAAACAGUGGGGGAAAAAAUCUCAUUAUGGUUGUCCAAGACCAGCAAAGUUUGAUGAAUUUGGUCGUUAUGGAAAAGCUCCAGGUUGGUUGGACUUUUGGAGUAGUCAGUGGGAACAGCACGGUGCAAUGGCUGGUAAUCUCAAGCAGUGUGUGCUCCAAGGAAAGACUGACUGUAAAGAAGACACUGUGGGUAGCAAAGCAAAAGGAGACUUUUAGCCCAUUCUUCUCGUUAUACAUGUACAUGUAUGUCUUUGUUUGUUAUCAUUCUUUCUCCCACAUCUUCCCAUGGGUGGACUGAGCCAUGAAAACAAGUCUCUUUGUGAUUGAUGUGUGUUAUCACAUUUUUUGUUUUGUUUUGUUUUUUGUUUUUUUACAACCAAUGUCUCCUCAUCUGUUUGACAUUUUUUCUUGCCAUGUCAUUGUGACUCUAUGUUGGUGUUAAUGAGUUUAGUUUUUGAUUUAUCUGAAGGUCUUAAUUAGUCAAAGGGUUUUUGUUAAAAACCAUUUGCUUAAAGUUUUAAAAGUAAAAAUUGGGAGUUUUAAUGAGCAGUAAAACUAACGCUUUACUUACUCUUGAAAUACUUGCUUGUAGUUGGGAAAGAAAUAUGAAGAUUUAUUUAGAUAUAUAUAUAUUUUGUGCAUAUCGACAUGUAUAACCACAUUAUUUUGUGUGGCUGUGUGUGUCUUGGUGUUUGUAGAAUUUUUGUUGGUUUGGUUUUGUUUAUGUGUAUUGUGGCAUUUUUCCUUUUGUUUGUUUGUUUGUUGUUUGUUUAUUGUUUGUUUUUUGUGUUUUUUAGAAAUUAUUUUUUGGGAUUGGCAUAGGGGUAAAAGUGAGGAAUAUGAAGAUUAAAAGUACAUGUGGGAUUGAAAGAUCUUUUUUUUUUUCAUUGAGCAAUCAUGAUUCUUGGCUGGGUUGAAGCAUGCUAUUGGUCAAAGAAAAAAAUUAAAAUGUUUUAUAUUUUAGUGCAAUAUUUUUGCAAGGGUUGCAACAUUCACAACUCUUUUAUGAUGAAACCAAAGCUUUUAUGUGCGCUGAUGCAUGUGAUAUGUACAAUCAGAUUGCUUUUAAGAAUAUUUUCUCGCUCUCCCUCCCUGGUUGUUUGAAAUGAGAGGGAGUCUUUGUUCUGCAUGUUUAGUUGUAGUUAUUUCUGCAGAAAUAUCGUCAGUAUUGUUGAUGAACAUGUGUCAAUCAAUAAUUCAGAAAAGAUGCACUCGCUUUAAGGAAAUGAUCUCUAAAAAUGCAUCGACCCACUCCGUUCAGGGUGGCAUCGGUAACCAAGUGGUUAGGCUGCCAGAGCCAUAAUCAGGAGAUUGCGGAUUCGUGGGUGUGAGCCUCAGCUCAGGCCGACAUUGUGUCCUUGGGAAAGGCAUGUUACACGAAUUUCUUAUUUGGCUUGUUCCUUUCGGGGGAUGGAAAUUAAACUCGGAGGUCUUGCCUCUUAAAUAACCUAAUUGUGUUGAUAGGGGUGUUAAACCUACACCAUUUCACUCCGUUCAGUUUCUUUUUGCAGCAAAGUAUUCAGUAUUUUGAUUUGUAGGAAAGAGUUCAGUAUGUCCUGAGUACAGCCCUAAAACCAUUUCAAAGUAGAAUAAAUCAUUAGCAGUUCAUUUUGCUUUUAGUUUCCUUUUUCUUAUUCAAGAUUGUGUUCAUAAUUAUAUGAUCUCAUCAAGCCUGAAUGAACUGGGUUUUUUUUUCCCCCCUACUCUUAUUUUGUGUUUAUGCAGUGAUACUUGUCCGAAAUAACCUUUAUAUAUGGGCAAUUUUCAAUUUCAUAGUGUAUUCUGAUGUACUACGCAUCGUACAAAAAAUAAAGCCAAUUAGCAACACUUCUGUUGGUAUCCUGUAUUUUAAACUUUACUUCUAUUUUCAUUUUCCAAAUAUAAAUGAAAUGUUGAGCAAUAGUAAUGAUGGAUAAAGUUUCUAUCUUGUCAUUUAAUUAGUAAUGUAGUUAUUUUGUAUAAAAGACAUGUUUUUACAUGCCUCAUUUUCAAUGUUUUGCAACACAAGUGCUCAUAGUUUUAUUAGAUACUUCCGUGAGUUUGAGCCAGCAACAGAGUUGUGUUGGGGUUUUUUUAAGUUAAAAAAAAAAAAAAUUUUCCCCAGACCACAAAAAAAUAAAAGUCAGUUUAUUCUAUUCUAUGAAAUGCCCUUUCAUGUUUGCACAUUGUAAAGAGAGAGGUGUUAUAAUUGCUUAUUUGUCUUCUUUUUAUUUUGCUAAUCGGGGUACAUUUUAUAAACGUUUCUUGCCCAUUUUUUUGUUUAAAGGGACAGUUAGAGGGCAAAUCUCUCUUUACUAUUCGCUUUGUAUAGUGCUAACAAAACAGUAACAGUAUUGUCCAGACUGACAUUAUGAAUAAGUAAGGAACCGGUUUUAAAAAUGCUGUUCAUCUGGGUUUUUUUAUUACCUUCGAAUCUUCAAAAGCGCCCUGGCGGACACCCUAUCUACGGGAUAGGUGAAAGGUGAAGGUGUGCAACUUAAAGAUGGAUUUUCUUAUUGAGAGAUUCUAAAACUUCAAAUUGGUCUCUUGCUCAUGUGUUCAGUCAACCUGAGAAUAUUUUUGUUUAUAAAUAACCAUUACAUGUUUUGCAUCAAGAUAUCACCUUUUUAUUGCCAGUCUGGUGAUUUACUCAGUGAUUUAUUUCUUUUUCAUAGAGAGCAAAAGUGUUUCCAGCUUUUUCUCUUUUCAAAUGUGAGUUUGGAUCUGUAACAUGUAUGGCACUAGACGUUUGAAUUUCACUUUUUUUUUUCUUUAAUUGAGUUACUUAUCCCAACUGUUAUAUUUUUUUCUUGAAAUACGAAAAUGCAUUUAGAUAGCCUCUCUCAUAGGAGAAAACUCUUUCAGUGCUGUUGGAUCUGUAAAGUUCAAGGUCUUCUGCUUGAACACGAGUUUUCCCACAAGCAAGAUAGAAUCAUCAUUACUUUCUUCAUUGUCACUGUAAUUCCAAACCAAACAUUGUAUUAAGUAUCCAUGAAUCAUCUGCUGGUGCUAAAUUCUUUCUUGACUACCCAUGAAUUACUUCAGUGUGGUCAGUGAAUUGCUCUUUUUCUUACUCAUUACUCUUUACUCAGUGCCAUCACAGACAUGAAAUCUACUCAGAACUGCUAGUCAGAGCUAGGAGCAGAACUGACAGGGCAAUCAGACAGCAGGAGAUUCCCCUUCUGGCUUGUAUUUUGACGCUGUACAUGGCAUUGCUUCAGAAAAAUUAUUAAGUCCUCAGAGUCGGAGCAGUCUAUAGUUAAGCAGGCCUACACUUUGGACAAAGUAAUGCUGAGGCGACAAUGUGUCAGGCUAUGUGCUGAUCAUGGCUUCUGGGUGCUCUCCUGCUGUGUUUCUCCCUAGUGUAAAUGAGAUUCGAGCCAGAAAUAUUUGAGGGAUGGAGAUGCUUUUUAGUCUGGAGUGGUCAAAACCAUAUUAUUAUUUUAUAUACGGACUUUGGCAAAAGAUUUUUGCUGAGUGUGGCCAGGUUUGUGAGAAAGUUUGUUUCCAUUUCUUUUCAACACAUCGAAGAUAUUUGUCCUGCUUUGUUGAAUAUCAUUGAGAGAAUGAGCAAGAUGUUGUCUUAGUGAGUAAUAAUUCAUUCUGGCAUUUGAACUGAUAUUGUAUCGUCAUUAAGUAAGCAUAUUCUUGCUUGAGAUGGACAUUGCAGUUUACUGCACUUGUUUUCACUGAUGAUAAUGUAUUAUUAUGAGUAUAUAGAGUGAUCUGGAAAAUCCACGGGCUAAUAUGAUAAACAAUACUUUGCAACACACAUGCAAACUUGUGUAACAUUAAUUUAUACCACUAAGUCAAAAUUAAUAAUACUGAAAUCUGAGAAACCUAGGUGCACUUUAUGAAUGGAAAUUUUACUUCUAUAUUUAUGGUUUCUUUUUUUUUAAUUCUUUAAUGCUAAUAAACAUGUAUUACUCGUAGUACUCAAAGAAUAAGACUCUGGAACUUGUAUAGUGUAAGUUUAUGUGCUUUUGCCAAAUAAAAAUGGCUUUUAAAAGAUUUUUUAAAAUGUCAUCCUCUACAUAUUGGCUGGUGGUAGGCUCUUCUGAAAGCUUUGACUUCAUUGUGUAUAUAUAUCUAUAUAUUGCAUGUACAUUACAUGCAUUUCAAUUCCUUUUUCAGUACGUUUUUCCCCUUGCGCCAGCACUUUCUUGCUACUGUACCAAAGAACAAGGAUGUGUGUUUCUUUUAUGAUGACACAGCAAUGCAUUUUGCUUUCAAUAAAUAAUUUUGAUGUUUAUAUA